AUGGAAAGCUCCUUCUCCACGUAUUUAGCCGAAGAAGAGGAAUUGUACGUUUUGACCUCCUCUUUAACCGAUACCUCUUUAUUGACAUCAAAUGUAAACAUCUCGUGUGUUGAGACUGAAGACUAUCUUUCUGCCCUGUCAAAAAAGAUAAUUCAAAGAUACUCCACCAUUGAGGAUAAACAUAAAAGAGUUAAAUCACUGACUGCCAAGCUUUGUCGUGAUAUAACCGCCGAUGUACUGCUUGAUAGAGGAAAAAAGUUAUUUUUGGAAAGUGCCUUGAAGUGUCUUAAGAAUGAACUAGAAAUGUUGUCUUUUGCCAUAGUACAAAGGAAAGCAAGCGUUGUAAAAUUGGGAAACUCAGCAAAAGCAAGAACAAAGAUAAGACAGAAGAUGUCUAGUGAUCAGAAAAACAUUGACAAAAAAAUGCGCAUAUUCAACGUAUUACAGUUUGUUGUGCAUGGUCAAGAAGAAACAGUAAGACUCGACGAGUGUUCUCUGGUUGAUGGCAUGUUUCCCCGGACUCUCAAUGGUGUGUACCUAAAACAUAUUCUGUAA